AUGUUCUCUGUUGCCUUCGGUCUCUGUAUCGCUACAAUGGGCGAGUCGGCUCGGCUUAUGCUCGAUUUCUUCAUCAUCAUGAACGAAAUCACAAUGCGUUUGGUCAGACUCAUUAUGUGGUUUGCUCCUUUCGGCAUCACCUGCCUCAUCAUCGGAAAAAUUAUCGGACUGAAAGAUUUGGCUGGAACGGCGGCGGGUCUGGGACUUUACAUGCUGACUGUGAUCAGUGGACUCUUCAUCCAUCUUUUUCUUAGUCUCAUGGGGAUCUACUUCCUGGUUUGUCGCAAAAACCCACUGGUCUACUUCAAGGGCCUUUUCCCGGCCUUCUUCAUGGCCGUGGGCACGGCAUCUAGUGCAGCCACCCUGCCGAUCACAUUCGCGUGUUUGGAGGAGACACUAGGUAUUGAUCCCCGUGUGACACGUUUCGUCUUGCCUGUGGGUGCGACAGUGAACAUGGAUGGAACAGCGCUUUACGAAGCCGUGGCCUGUAUUUUCAUAGCCCAAAUAAAUGGCAUUACACUCUCGAUCGGUCAAAUUAUCACCGUCAGUAUAACGGCCACAAUUGCUGCCAUUGGAGCCGCUGCUGUACCCAGUGUAGGAUUGGUUACCAUGGUGUUGGUUUUAACCUCCGUGGGACUUCCCGUAAACGAUAUCACACUGAUCGUGGCUGUCGACUGGAUGCUAGAUCGUAUCCGGACUCCUAUCAAUGUGAUGGGCGAUGCUUAUGGUGCUGGAGUGGUCGCACACCUCUGCAGGAAGCAGCUAGUAAACCCUGCUAGGAGACUUACCAGCGACUUACUUGCAAACGAUUUGCCCAAGCAUCUUCGCAAACAUGAUGACGAUGAGGAUUCUGACGAUCAUAAUCAUGCACUUCGCAUUGAGCUUGAGGGAGAUUUGCGGAGGGAUGAAUAUUAG